AACCAGCAUAUCGCACUGUUGAAAUGACCAGAAUGGAUAACAUUGGCGGCGUCAAUACUGUCAACCGCAUCUUAAGAGGAGGGGACGACCUGGACCGCACUCAAGUCAAGAGCGUCCGAGAAUGCACCGUUAAAUGUUUGGCGGAGAAUAGAUGCAAGUCGUUCAAUUACAAAGUAAACUCCGCCACAGCCACCACACAAUGUCAGCUUAACUCGGUAGCCAUCAGUGAAGGCGGGAGUUCGGUUCUUGUACCCAGAGAUGGCUAUGUAUAUUAUGAAAAGGUCACGAAAGAAGAGGAUCCGCUUCAUUCGUCUGCGUCUAGCGUCACGACAGUCCCCAUCACAGCAACGACGAGCAGGAGUUUGACUGAGAAUGACGAUGACGACGACGAUGAUGAUGAUGAUGAUAGUGAUGAUGAUAAUGAGAGAGAUGAUGACUGA